ACCCCUCCCUAGUUACAAUGGUUUAUCCCAUCAUGGACGCCAUUCACUGACGUUACUGGAGACACUGGCAGCUCUCACAGCAGCAUCAUGAGUGAGCUGAAGGACUGUCCCCCACUGAAAUACUACGACUUCAAACCUGUGGAGCAUGUGAAGGUGUGUCCCCGAUACACUGCGGUGCUCGGCCGGUCAGAGGACGAUGGCAUCGGCAUCGAGGAGCUGGACACCCUGCAGCUGGAGCUGGAGACCCUGCUGUCCUCCGCCAGCCGCCGCCUGCGAGCCCUGGAGGAGCAGAGACAGAUCCUCACAGACUGGCAGGACAAGAAGGGAGACAAGCGGUUCCUGAAGCUGGGAAAAGACCCGGACCCUGCCGCCUCUACUCGCCACAAACCAAAGAAGCAGAAGUUGGACGGAAAAGGCGGUCACGCUCCGGGUCCAGGUCCUGGCAGACCCAAAUCCAAAAAUCUCCAGGCCAAAGCCCAAGAGUAUGAAUUUACUGACGAUCCACAAGACAUUCCCCGCACGCCCAAAAAUGAUGCACCCAACAGAUUUUGGGCCUCAGUCGAGCCAUAUUGUGCUGACAUCACAAAUGAAGAGAUACGAUUGCUGGAAGAGCUUCUGAAACCCCCGGAGGAUGAGGCUGAGUAUUUUAAAAUCCCAGCUCUGGGGAAACACUACUCUCAGCGGUGGGCUCAGGAAGAUCUGCUGGAGGAGCAGAGGGAAGGAGCGCGAGCCAACGACAAGAAAAAGAGCCUCACGGGAGGACCACUGUCUGAGCUGGAUGCUAAAGAUGUGGAGUCCCUGUUGAAAAAGUCUGAGUCCCAACACGACUCUCCAGAAGACGGAUGUCCCUUCGGUCCUCUCACGCAGCGUCUGCUCCAGGCUCUCGUAGAGGAGAACAUUAUAUCCCCCAUGGAGGAUUCACCCAUACCCGACAUUUCAGGGAAGGAUGCGAAUGACGGAGCUGGGACUUCUCCUCGGAGCCAAGGAAAAGCCUAUAGUGUUCCUCACACCCGCACCCUGGAGGCCCGGAUCAAAGAGGAGCUGGUGGCUCAGGGUCUGCUGGACUCUGAGGAGCGUCCCGGUCCAGGAGGAGACUCUGAGGACGAGGUGCUGGCGGAGCUGCAGAAGAGACAAGCCGAGCUCAAAGCCCUCACCACUCACAACAGAUCCCGCAAACAGGAACUGCUCCGGUUGGCGAAAGAGGAAAUGCGCAAGCAGGAGCUGAGGCAGAGAGUCAGGGUGUCUGACAACGAGGUGAUGGAGGGAUUUCGACGUAUCAUGGCAGCUAGACAGAAGAAACGCACUCCAACCAAGAAGGAGAAGGACCAAGCCGGGAAGGCCCUGAAGGAGAGGGAGAGCAUCCUCAAGUUACUGGAUGGAUAGAGGAAGAAAAUCUGCGUCUGGUUUUUAUCUGGAUGAGUCUUUGUGAACUGUGACAGUGAACAGCUGUGUUUCUGGUGAUGUGUGAUACGGUUUACUGCAGGUCUGUGUGAAUUAAGUAGAGAUAUGUCUGUAUUAGUUGUAAUGUUAUGUACAGCAGAAUGCUCAUUUGAUCAGUAACAUUUUGUACGCAUCAAAGACUUGCUCUUUAUUUUUUGAAUAUUUUUCUUUGUUAGUUGAAUGUUGAUGUUGCUUUUUCUUUUUACCAUUGUGAUGUUAUGAAAACAAUACACAUGAAUGUUUGAAUAAAUAAGUUCCACCUAAAAACA